UUCGGAGCUAGUUCUUUACUUUCACUGCACCGGACACCAGGUACUUUUGUUGUCCAAGAGUAUAAAGUGUAUAUAUACUAUAGUAUAUAGUAUCGUAUCAAAUUCUUAUAGUUUAGCGUGAAUUAAGUUUUUAACGACGAUUCCACUUUGUAUUAGAGACUGUGUACUAUAGCCCUCCUUAUCCGACAGCACAUCAUAGAAGGCGUUCAUUGACCACUCCGAUUUGUAGAUAUACUGGAAGCGUAUAAAAAAGUAUAAUAUUAUAUAAACGGAUAAGCGACUAUAUUCUGGAUCAUGCAAGAGCGCCGCCGAAGACUUCGGGCAUAUCGGAAGUCACGCAGAAAAUUCUCCUGCACUGUUUACGGCAUCACCUUGGCCUGGCUGGUGCUGGCCCUAUCCCAGUGGUUGGCUGUCUGCUUGCUAAAGGACUUCCGAGAUAACGUCAACAAGUAUUAUUGGAUAAGUUUGAUAUUCUUUAUUUCUGCUAUGCUUUUGUUCACGAUGUUUAUAUUCAUCAAGAGGCUGCGAUUCGUGCUCUGCCUAAACUGGCUGCUCAGCUUACUCAUUGUGGAGUUUCUGAUCAUCGGACUAUUCGCGCUGUCGGCGCAAACUCAUUGGAAAAACUUGAUCGCAUGGUUCCUCAUCUGUGCGCUCUUGACAUAUCUGUUCAUAUUAAUCGGAUCCAUUUUACCGCAAGACCUUACUCUGAAUGUAGUCAUUCUGUUUGUGGUAGCUUUCCUUAUCCUUUCUAUCACCGUCUUCAUGAGUAUGAUACAUAAAAUUAUGAAUAUGUCGUAUUCGUUCUACGCUUAUAUGGUUUGUAUUGGGCUCAUUGUGCUGAUGUUCGUGAUGUACCAUGCCCAGACAAUCAAUGGCGGACGAUUUGCGGAGAUGCGUAUCCGAGACUACCUGCUGGCAUCUCUCAUUCUCUUCAACGACUUCAUCAUCAUUUACAUGUUAACCAUCUACCCACAGGUCAUCAACAACAAAAAGUCAACGCCGUCCAACACGACAGAUUCAUAUAAUUCUAAAGAAAGCGGUUAUGAAGACAGCACGACCACAACUGAGGAGGUUGUUGUAAAUUGGGGUUGAGUUGACCAAAUGGAAGGAUGGAAGGAAGGCACGCAUUGCCAACAAUUUU